GGUGAGGAGUGGAAUCAUCCUGAUUGUGCACCUAUCACCAUGGUGGAGACCCGUACUGGGCUAGAGACUAACCCCUAUAGCCAGGAGCAGCAAGAAAAGAUGGCCGCCUUAGUCAGAGAGAACAAGGAGAGAAAAGAGCGCGAGAAGCUGGCCAAGCUAAAGGCUAUCGUCGAUGAGCAGGCGGCAAAGAUGAAGAGGUUGGAGGAGGAGAUGAAGAGGGUACAACAGGAGGAGGAAGAAAGAAGGAAGGCUGCUGAAGCAGAAGCGGCCGCAGAAGAAGAGAAAGAGAGAAUGAGAAUUGAGAGUGGAGAAGGGAGCAGUGGUGGCACGAUGAAGUGGGAGACACAUACUGAGUUGGAGAAGAAGAUCAGCGAGUGGGUCGCUAAUUUAUCGCUGGGGGAAGACGAGGAGGCGGAGUCCUAUGUGACUAGGGAUGAGAAGGCUGCGCUAGCCGCUGAGCUAGCAGCCAUGACAGACCCAAUGGAACGAAGAGAGAGGGAAGACGAGCAAAAGUUAGCAUGGAAGUUGAGAAUGAAGAGGGAGAAGAAGAGGAGGAGAGAGGAAGUGAAUAAGAUGACCGCAGCAGUGGCAAAGGUGCAGGAGUGUAGAGUGGAGGUGCUGGCCCAGCCAGAUGAUAAGGCCAAGUGGGACAAAGUACUGGGCUAUCUAGAGGUGUUGAGCAAGGCCUGGAUGGAGGAGCGCCAGGCAAGCUGGAGCCAGGAUGUAGCGUUGAGCGCCAUGCGGUCCGGGUUCAGGGAUUUUGCGCGCGAAAUCGUCACCCACAUUGGGGGCGAAGUCAAACAGUUGAGGGAAUGUAGGGAAGUUUUGUGAGGGCGCCAUUCAGGGUGCCAAAGCUGCAGCCGCUGUAGAAGGAGAGGCCAGACCCCGUAAGGACCUAGUGAAACUUAAGUUCCCAGACGCGUACGGGGGAAAGAAAGACGAGAACUUUGACAACUGGGAGGCCAGUGUCAAUAGUUACAUUUAUUUACAGCAUAUCCUGAUAGAGAAGCAAGUCCUCGUGGCCUUCCAGGCCCUCAAAGAUGAAGCGGCUAGCUUUGCCAGGUCUCUUGCGCGUACAGCCGGUUGUGAAAACAACCUGGUUGCAUAUUCCAAAGUCACUCCUCUUUCCCAAUUCCUCAAGCUCCUCAAGGAGCGGUUCGCUGACCCAACGCGAGGCAUUAAAGCCUCUGAUAAGCUCCAAACGA